UCUACGGCUCUCAACAUGUGGCUACCUUUGACACUCUUGGUAUUUGCGGGACUAGUCUCAGCCGACUACGACCAUGGCUGGCGUGUUGGCAACGAGUACACCUAUCUGGUCCGUAGUCGUACGCUCGCUAGUCUCGACAAGCUAUCCGACCAAUACACCGGUGUCCUCCUGAAAGCGUUGCUGACCGUCCAAGUGAAGGGCCCGAACACGCUGGCAGCGAAAGUGUGGAACGGUCAGCAAGCCCGUAUCCACAAGAACCUCCCGAACGGUUGGGCCUCGGUGAUCUCCGAUCAAAUGUUGGAGCUCCGCGACCUGCCGAUCUCUGGGAAGCCGUUCGAGAUCAAGAUCAAGCACGGAGUGAUCCGGGACCUGAUCGUCGAGAAGAACAUUCCCACCUGGGAGGUGAACAUGCUGAAGUCGAUCGUCAGUCAGCUUCAGGUCGACACUCAGGGUGAUAACGCGAUCAGGACAAGAAGCAUGCAAGUGCCCAACGACGACCAACCAUACGGCAUGUUCCUUGCCAUGGAGGACAGCGUCGGUGGAAAGUGCGAGGUCCUUUACGACAUUACGCCCCUCCCGGAGCAUAUGACUCACAUGAAACCCGAGCUGGUACCGAUGCCCAAACUGAAAGGUGACGGACAGCACAUCGACAUCAUGAAGACCAAGAAUUUCAGCAGGUGCGACCAACGUAUGGACUACCACUUCGGUAUCACUGGACGUACCAACUGGGAACCAGGCAGCAACGAGAACGGAGAAUUCCUUUCGAAAUCAUCCACGAGCAGAAUCAUCAUCUCUGGUAACCUGAAAGCGUUCACCAUCCAAUCGUCAGUCACCACCAGCAAGUUGUUCGUCAGCCCCAGGUUCUACGACGAGCAGAACGGCGUCGUGGUCAGCAGAAUGAACCUGACCCUCGGAGACGUAAAAAAGAUCUCGCGUCCCCUGUCUGCUCCCGCCAACCCGGAAUCCACUGGCAACCUUGUCUACGUCUAUAACAACCCGUUCUCCGACAUGGAGGAACGCAGACUCAGCAAGUCAUUGGAUGGUCAGAACUCAAAACAGAACCAGGCCUCCGACAGUAUUAGCUCCGUGAGCUCCAGCGAGGAGGCGGCCAAGAACGGACAGAAUCCCCGUAUUCGAGGAUCCAGCUCGUCCAGCGCGUCCAGCAGCUCGAUCUCUAGCAGCGAGGAGAACGAAUUCUGGCAGCCUAAACCCACUUUGGAGGACGCUCCCCAGAAUCCUCUGUUGCCCGACUUCGUUGGUGAUAGGGGCAAAUACAUCGGCCAAUCCGGAGAAUUUGAAAUCAUCAAGGUCACCAAGGAUCUCGUUUUACAAAUCUCCAAUGAUCUCGAAGACCCGAGCAACAUCCCCAACCAGGAGACUCUCGAGAAGUUCACGAUCCUGUCCAGCCUGAUCCGCACCAUGAGCAGGAAGCAAUUGAUCGAGCUAGAGAACAACAUGCACAUCUCGCCUAACGAGCUGAAAUCGAACGACAAAUCGCAGGCUACCAAGCAGAACGCUUGGGCUGCGUUCAGAGACGCCGUCACCCAGGCUGGUACCGGACCUGCUUUGCUCACCAUCAAGAAUUGGAUCGAGAGGAGGAACGUCGUUGGUCUGGAAGCUGCCGAUAUCGUCUCCAGAAUCCCGAAGAACGCUCGCACACCGACUGCUGAAUAUGUCAGAUCCCUCUUCGAGCUCGCUACAAACCCCGAAGUUAAGAAGGAUAAACACCUGCAUGUCUCUGCAAUUCUGGCUUUCACCGAGCUGCUCCGUCAUUCCCAAGUGAACGGACGCAUCAUCCACAACCGUUAUCCAGUGCAUACAUUUGGUCGUCCUGUAUCCAAACACGACACUACUCUCGUCGUAGAGUACAUUCCCUAUCUGGCUCGUGAACUGAAGAACGCGAUCAAGGAAGGCGACAGCCCAAAGAUCCAGACCUACAUUUUGGCUCUGGGUAGCAUCGGACAUCCCAAGGUUCUCUCUGUCUUCGAACCGUUCUUGGAAGGAAAGGAACCCGUGACCGUUUUCCAGAGGACUCUGAUGGUAGCUUCACUCAGCAAACUGUCCGAGAUACACCCGAAAAUUGCGCGAUCGGUCCUUUACAAGAUCUACCUGAACACCAUGGAAUCCCACGAAGUCCGUUGCACCGCUGUCUUCCUUCUGAUGAAGACCAAUCCUGCGUUGGGUAUGUUGCAACGAAUGGCAGAGUUCACCAAUUAUGACACGAACAAACACGUCAACUCGGCUGUCAAGACCACCAUCCAGAGCAUAAGCAUGCUGACCAGCCCAGAAUGGAAGGACAUGGCCAGCAAAGCCCGUGCCGCUCUCAAUCUGUUGAGCCCCAACGACUACAGCUACCAAUACUCUCGCGGAUUCGUCUCCGAGACCAUAAACAGCGAACAGAAUAUGUUGAACAGAAUGAUCUUCAAUUACAUCGGCAGCGACGACAGCAUAAUCCCCCGAUCUCUGUACGUCGGAUCCUUCUCCUCUUACGGCGACUUCAAGACACCACCAACUGAACUGGUUGCUAUGCUCUCCACCGUAAAACCUAUCCUGGAGACGAUGUUUAAGGAUAAGGACGACAAAAACUCUGGACCUAUGAUGACUGAGAAACUCGCCGAGGAACUGAACAUCGUACCUGAAGAGGCUAUCAAGCUGGAAGGCAACGUUCUAUUCAACAGCAAGUUCACCACCAAAUUCUUGCCCUUCGACAGUCAGACUCUCCGCACGAUUCCCAACUGGAUCAGCACUCGUGCAUUGGACAUGAAGAACGGAGGUUACCUGAACGAGAACAAGCUCAUGGCUUACGAAGUUACCUUGAGCUUCCCCACUGAAACCGGUCUACCUUUCGUCUACACGUUCAAGAUGCCAAUCCUCUACAAGAUCAUCGGACAAGGCCAGGUCAAAUUCGAUCGUGACAUGAGCCUGUCGAUGAAGGCCGACACGCGUAUACUGUUCUCCAAGAAGAUCCAAGGAAGAAUCGGUUUCCUCGCUCCCUUCGAUCGUCAACACUUCAUCGCCGGUGUCGACAUGAGCUUCCAGACAUACGCGCCCGUGAGGGUCGCCCUUGACGUGAGUCCAGUCAAGAGAAACAUGCAAUUGAAACUCUGGCCGCUGAAGGGGGAAGGAAAGGCGCGCCUGGUGCACUACAGCGUGGUACCGUACACCUCCAGCCACGACAUCUUCAGCAAACGUCCCUUGCUCACGGAGAAGAACACUCACAAGAUCCAAGGUGAAGAGACCGUGUACAAGUCCCAAGCAAUCCCCAUGAACGACGUCAAAUCAUUGCGAUUGGAGUUGGAGGGUGACAAAACGAACGACGAGUUCUGGAACACAAACCGCGUCGAUGGACAGACCGCGAUCCUAUUCCCUUGGACCCAGACGACCGACAAGUACCGCAAGGCUGAUCUGUUCAUGAACCUGGAACGCGAUCUCCAGGACCCAGUGAUCCUAUCCGCGUCUCUCGACCAACUGAACGUGCAACCUGGUUCCGAGGAUCUUAAACAAUGGACCCAGCUGGCCAAGGCUAUCGUGCCAAGCAACACCGAAUUCAACGGCGCGGAACGCAAGAAACAAUUGUUGACCGAGGUCGGCAAAGGUAUCAAGGCUGCCCGAUCUGGAGUAUUGGACAUGCAGCUGCAGGUACCUGGUGAACUCGAGACCCGCAACGCCCUCACCGUCGCCUGGUCCGACAGCAACGUCGAGAACAAGCAACGUGUUCUCUUAUUCUGGAAGCUAGGUAUGCCCACGCAAAACAUCAAUUACGAGGUCUGCGUCGCUUCUCAGACAGAAAGUACGCCUAACACUAUCCCGUCCUACGAGAACGCCAUGAAGAGACAGCCCAAAGGAGAUAUCGACGUGGACAUCCGUUUCGGAUCGACCUGCGCUGACGGCGAACAGAUUAACAUCAAGGGACAGGUUGUUCAGAACAAGGAACUAAGGGAAACGCUCCAGAAAUCUCGCUCGGUGCGAACUUGCCAGGAACAGAUGAAACAGGGCAACAAAAUCCUCCGUGCCUGCCAGACUGCUGCUUCCGCCAGCAAGAUGUGGGACGAACUGAACCUGUCUAUCGACGUGCAAUCGGAACCUCUCCGUGACCUCAUGAAUAUGGCCGUGGAUAUGAUCGGCAAUAGCGAUUACAUCGACGCCAGUGUAGACACCACGAGUCCGAAGAACGCCGACAAGAAGAAGAUCGACAUCAAGGCCAAGCUUUCGAAGGAUCUGAAAACGGCUGCCGUGACUGUGCACACUCCCGCCAUGGACAUGAAGGUUAAGGACAUCGGCCUGGAACUGCUUGCCAUCAAUUCCGAUGAUCUGAUGAUCGAGGACGAGAACGUUAGGAACGUGAUCGAGAACAAUCUCGAAUCAUCCUGUAUACUCGACAAGACCAGGGCCGAGACCUUCGACGGCAGGGACUACCCUCUGAGACUGGGCAACUGCUGGCACGUGGCCAUGACAACCUACCCGAAAUCGAAUCCCGAGAACCACAACGAGAAGCUUCGUAUCCCCUCGGACCAGAGCGUGAGCAUCCUCGCCAAGGAGACUCGUGAAGGACGCAAGGAGGUCAAGAUCUUGCUUGGAGAACAGGAGAUCAAGCUUGUGCCCGGCGAGAACGAGCCCCAAGCGCAAUUGAACGGUCGCGAGAUUCAGAUCACCCGGGACAUCAGCCAUCAGGAAAGACAGAAGGACGAUGAGAUCUUGCUAGAGAUCUACAGGCUGGCGGACAACUCUAUCGCCGUGUCAUCUGACGUGUACGACGUGAACCUUAUCUUCGAUGGAAAACGUAUUCUGAUCAAGGCAUCCGAUGAAUACCGUAACGCUCUUCGUGGUCUCUGCGGUAACUUCGAUGGUGAAGCAGUCAACGACUUCUUGGGCCCACAGAACUGCGUCAUGAGGAAGCCAGAGCACUUCGUUGCUUCUUACGCUCUCAACAAGAACCAAUGCGAUGCUGACAUUAGGGAGACCGCUGAACAGGCCAGGAAAGAAUGCACCCAUCCCGCCAAGACAGUGCAGAGCAACGUGAUCAGCGAUGUCGAUGCUGGAAGGUCGAACAACGAGAAAUGGGGCUACCAUCAGGGCGACCAACAACAGUCCGACAAACGGUGCAGCACCCACAGGACCCAAGUGCUGGAGACCGACGACAAUAUCUGCUUCACGAUCCGACCUGUCGUCUCCUGCGCACCUGGCUGCUCCCCAAUUGAGACCAAGACUAAGAACUACCAGUUCCAUUGUAUGGAGCGUAACGAGGCCUCCCUGAACAUGAAGAGGAGGGUCGAGAAGGGCGCCAACCCAGACCUCAGCCAGAAAUCCGUUUCCAUGUCGCGACCGAUCAACGUUCCUCUCGCGUGCAAGGCCUAAUUUGCGCGUACCUAACACGUAGUAAUAUAUUAAUCUAGUAGUCGACGUAGUAGUUUUUUUUUUUGUAUUUAGCCAUUUAGGAAAUAUGUAUUAAUAAAAUUUACAGUUUUCCGUA